AUGUCGGACGCAACAAACAUUGCAACAUCUUCGUCAUCGUCAGUAACAAGUGAGCAACUACAACCAACAAAAAUCAACAACAAUAAUAACGUCAACAACAACAUCAACAACACCACGAUACAUUCAACUACAAUUCAAAAAACGGUCGUGAUUAUCGAUAGCAAUAACAUAGACAACAACAACAACAUAGAGAACAAUAACAUUAACAACAUCACCAACAACAACAUAAAUGGCAUAAACAACAACACAAACAACAGCAGCAGCAUAAACAACAACACAAACAACAACAACAGCAUAAACAACAACACAAACAACAACAACAUAAACAACAGCAAAGAUGAAGAAGAACACGCCAGAAUUCACAGUGGCGAAAAGCCGUUCCAGUGCGUCAAAUGCGGUAAACGCUUCAGCCACAGCGGCUCCUACAGCAGCCACACGACAUCUAAAAAGUGUUUCACAUCUGGAGUUACAUUUUCCGGUACAACAUCCGGUUUUACAUCCGGUUUUACAUCCGGUAUCCCAACGAAUUACACCGGAACCCUACCCAACCUAAACGGCAAUACCAUCUUGAAUAGUUUAAACAAUGGUUACCCGGGUAGUUACAAAAUGACUGAAAGUCAUGGUACUCAUGGGAAUUUGGUAGGCGGUAUUAAUGAGGGUCUAGUCGGUACAAGCCACAUGAAUCAGUUGGGUGUCAAUUUAUUAUACGGGGCCGAUGGCAAUCAGGUAAGCUCAACUCAGCACAACGAAAACAACAUUAACUCCUACAACAACAACAUUAACAACAACAACAUUAACAACAACAACAGCACAACGGCACAUGUUCAACAACAACUGCAACAAAACCGAAAAAUAAUCACUGUUGUCAACGCAGAUGCGACCGGCAGAAAAAGAGUUGUCCUGCAACCAAAUAUCUCAACACAACAACAACAACAACAACAACAACAAACACAACAACAAAAAGUAAAUCCCAACGGUUUACUUCAACAACAACAACAACCCAAGCCGAUCUUGAUCAUUAAGGCAGUUAGGAAUGGAGUAGGAUUGCUCAUAACAUCCAUCCAAGAUGUUGAGAAAAAUCAAAUUCUAGUAGAAAAAUCGGACAACAAUGUUGAUAACAACAUCAACAACAACAGCAAUAACAACAACAAUA